UCAUUCAUAGGGUUCGGCUGUGUGCAAGUGUGCUGCAGUGCGUGCGUGUGUAUUAGCUGUGCACUCCGAUAAUAGAUCUCGUCAGCAAGUAGCAUAUAUACCACGGAUAGUAUACGCGAGUGCAAGUGUCAGCUGCUUAGGCCGCGUGUGUACAUAAUACACUAGUAGCUUUCCGUUGUUGGAUGUUGUACCCUGGCAGAGAGAGAGAGAGAGAGAGAGAGCAUCCUGGGUAGCAGUGCCUGCCUCGCUGUAAGCAUUGAUUGAUCCAGCGCAGCUACACCGGAGCUCAUUGAGCAAUGAGAACACGGUCGGGAGUGGAUGUGCAUGCUCUCGUGCAUGGUACUAGCGGUUGCAACAUUGGAUAUUUUGGUGAAUAAACCCCGUUGCCGUCUGUAGGACAUUAUUCGAUGUUUGCGAGAGCGACUGCUGCAUAAUCUCGCACGUGUGGUAGAAGGAGCGAGGAACGUCGGACGCGGCGUGUAGAUAAGGAAAGUAGAGUCUUGGCGUGCGAGCGCCGGUCUGUCAAACACGCGAACGAUCUGCAACGAUCUCUCGGUGCGUAACGUAGUAGACUCUGGGACGCUUCGGGAAAUUUCGCGCUCUUGCAAGUGACGCGUGGAUCGUGAUAUCACAUAUCGGACCGCUGCAAAAAGAAGAGCGUCCACGUGCGCGUAGUUGCGUACAGUAGCCGUGUUGGCACUCACACACAUUAACCUUGACCUGAAGGUACGCGUACAACUGCGGCGGAGCGAACUCGCCGCGUUUUGUGUUGCGCGAGGAAAGCAUCAUUGUCGAUUUUCGUCGUCUUGCUUUGCGGACCUGCGCGUAGUAGACGUGCGGUGACUCGUAGUACAUCGGUUGGCUUUCGCCCGUGCACCUGAGGACAUUGACGUCGUGUAGACCAAAUUGUUACUAUUGAAUACCAAAUGCACGUCUGCUACCGUUCAGGCCGAUUUCUAUAGAAUUUCACCUUGAGCCGACAGUAAGCUAGUGUAAGUGGUGAGCCACUGUGCCCCGGUACAUAGCCUAUACACAGUAGCACGCGCGUGCUCGCUGUAGAAGGACACGGGGGUCUUCCUGUGUCUGCGGUCGUAACUCUUUGUUAACGUGAAUGACAAAAACAGUAAAGAACUUAAAGAGAACGGUUUUUGCAUGGAACGAUUAGGUCAGAGCGAAGCUAUUGCGUCCGCGUUCGCCUCACCCUCUGAGAACACGUCCGUGAGUCACAGAACACAUCUGUCACUUGACUGUAAAAACAUUCGUGAGUCACAGAAGAUAUCGUUUGCAGGACUGUGAGAACGUUCGUGAGUCACAGAAGACAUCGGUCACUUAAUUGCCUAUGAAAACAUUCGUGAGUCACAGAAGACAUCGUUUACAGGACUGUGAGAACAUUCGUGAGUCACAGAAGACAUCGUUUACAGGACUGUGAGAACAUUCGUGAGUCACGGGAUAUCGCCUUAAUAUAGAGAACUUUUUCCAGCCAGAGACGAGAUCGCCCACCUAACACAAGCGUCAGAACACGUGGGAGAGACGGAACAUAUUUUGCACUGCGUCGCCCAGCAUCCACGCCGACCAGCCGCGUUGUUAGUUGACCCAGUAAACUUCAAUCAGCGACUAUACCGGAGAGAUUGAUUUCUAUUCAACUCUGUAACAUUGGGCGUUGGUAUUGCGUUUGAUGUGGACGGUAAUAGCAUGCGAUAAUUCUCAGUUCAGAUCGUCUCGAUAACUUCCAUCAUGGUUAUGAAGCAGGACGUCUUGGCAUCUGCCGACAGAGACUUUAGCAACAUGGUGAACCAGUACCUUGUUCAGACGUUCCACGCGCCGACCUUGGCGGACGACGACUUUGACAUCCCGGUGAUCGCGGGCGAACAGAGCGGGGCGGCGACUACGACCGGCGACGGUAUGCUGAACCACGUAGCUAACGUGCCUUACUCGGACUUCUCCGGCGGGGGUGGCGGCGGCGGGGGCUGCCCGAUCCUGGCCGACGCGCACACGCUCGACUUCAACAUCAACCCGCAGUUCCCGACGCAGAACCUCGACAACAUCCCGCAGAUCCUCGACGAGGUCUUCACGGAGAUCGUGCAGCUCGACGCGCCGUUCAUGACGACGACGACGCCGUCGCGGCCGCAGCAGCCGCAGUCCCACCAGAUGGCGGCGUUCAGCGCAUCGACGGCGCCCUCUGUCGGCCAGCAGCAGGCGAUGUUCAUGUUGACGACGCAGUCUGUAGGCGGCGGUUACAGGACAGUGGCGGGGAACGCGCGUCAGCAGCCGAUGUCGCAGCGCUUCCCGCAGCCGGGCCUCGUGCAGCAGACUGUCAUGACGACGGCGAGCGGGCAGAUGAUGUCACCGCCGCCGCGGGGCGCCGGCCAAUCACAGGGCUUGUCGCCGAACCAGCAGCAGACGUCGUCGCCGCUCGGACAUUCGGCGGCCACGUUGAAGUCGCCGAGCCAAUCAUCAUCGAGCUCUCCGACGAGCGAGAGCAGUGACGACAGUCUGCCGCUUUCUCAGCUGUCAAAACGAGCACCACCGUCGAAAGUGAUCAAGAAACAAAAGAGCCCCAAGAAGAAAAAGAAGCGAGAUCCCAAUGAACCACAAAAGCCGGUCUCUGCAUACGCGCUGUUCUUCCGGGACACACAGGCCGCAAUAAAAAGCCAGAAUCCACAGGCCAGCUUCGGCGAGGUUUCCAAGAUAGUAGCUUCUAUGUGGGACAGCUUGGAUGAGGAGCACAAGAACGUAUACAAGAAGAAGACCGAAACCGCAAAGAAGGAAUAUCUGAAGCAGUUGGCUGCUUACAGGGCGAACCUGGUGUCACAGGGGCUGCUUGGUGGACCCACGCAGCUAAGCGAACACAAGAAGGUUCUGACACAGUCUGUGACAUCCAGUCUGUCGCCAACAACGAUGUCACCACCGCAGCAAUUGUCGCCAAUGAUGGACACAUACUCGCCCGAAGGACCGUGCAUGACGCCGAAUACACUGGGUGCACAGUUCGACGUGAGGAAGAUCAGAUGCAUUCGCAAUGGCUGCACAAACUUCGCCGUCGACAGCCCUGACUGGGACCGCGAAUACUGCAGUAACGAGUGCGUAGUCAGUCAUUGCAAGGACGUGUUUAUGGCGUGGGUUGCAUCACGGCAGCAACAACCAUCGGUGUUAUACACAUGAGUUCAGCCUACGCAACAGCAGACGUUGAUUGCAUCUUAUGUGUAUAAAGGACAUAAGUAAUCGAAGGACUGCAAUACAAUAUAUAAUAAUUAUAUUUGGUGGAAACGACAAAUAUUAUCUGUAAGUUACCAUGGCGGAGUCAUUUUCCGCUGAUUAAUGAUAGCGCACAUUAAUCUGCUCAAGAAAAAGAGACCGAAGAAUGAUCGAAGUAAUGGUUUUGGUUUCCUGUUCCGCAGUGAUUUUUCGUGGGGAAUUUACCCCCAAAUUUUCACUUUUGUGGUACUUACAGUAGUACAGCAAUAUGCAUGUAAAUUAAAAUUUCAUUGUUAUUUUUUUAUUGGGUUUCCUUCCGAAUGAAUGGAAGUCGUAUUUUAGCAGUCUAUGUGGCUGGAAAAUUAUUCACACUCUGUGUAAAUUUAAACAUUUAUUAUCGAAACGAGUAUAAAUUUUUCUACUGCAACGUACAGAAUGCUGCACACGCAAAUGUCAGAGAUGUGAAGAUAAACAGACGGGCGAACGAAUUCUGUGGUCUGAUAGCUGUUGGAAUGAGAAUGUCACGCAUGGUAUCUGUGGUUGCCAAGCAACGGUGAAUGCAGCUGCAUGGAAGAAGUAUUUAUUAUAAUUGCUGUUUUGCUCACUACAGACGGUGUUGAAGUGGCGUUAUAUAGUUCCGUGUUUUGUGUGCAUAUCAAAAUGUAUAAAAGCAAGUCCUGGCAGUGAUUCAAGCACUGCAAAGGUGUAAAUUUCUAUUUCAAUCGUAGUUGGUUUGCAGUACAAUAUGCGCGUAUUAUACAAGGGAAUUUUCGUGUGGUAAGGAUCUUGUACUCGGUGGAGCGUGAGUGUGGCUAGAUGUGGGGUGCGGACCCCGUUGCUAGUUAUACAUUGCUUGCUGUAGAUUUACAUUUAUGUAACUCCGUGUCUCAGCAGUCUUAAUUCUCACUGCGCGUUAUUGCCUAUUAAUGUACGAGUUAUGUACCAUGCUUACGAUUCUGGUCGGAGGUGUGCGAUAUGACCGUAAACCAUCCAAAGUCCAACGACAAUAAUUAACUACUGCGUGCUGCAAAAUGCAGCACAAUUAUUAAUAUAUACCUCUAGCGCGGCGGGUUACACGUAUCUGGCAAUAUGUCGAGUGAAACGAAUUGAAAUGAAUUGAAAUGAAUUGCAUUGCUGGGUCGGAUAGGGGCAUUUACUGUUACGGUACGGUACUGGUGGCUGGCGGCUGUACACCAGAUCUAGACGUGCCCUAAAUUGUUGUCACUUAUAUAAGUAAGCAGUGUAGACGUUACUAGCAGUGUUACUAUGUGAUAUGUUUGCCAGAAAUGUAUUAACAAUUCUGUGCGUGGGACAUAUUUGAUCGGUAAUUUCAGCGCGUCAGUGGUCAGGUUGGCUCGUAGCAUGCGAUCUAUAGCUGCUAGCGAUACAAUUAACGGGGUGGAUAGAAACCGUAAAACUAGAACGCGUGGGGGCCGCGGUUCACCAGAAGAUCUGGAUUUAUUUCGUGUAAUUUCAUGCGUUUCAUUGAAGUUUCUGCAGUUAUUUACCGGUUCUUGUGCAGGCCUGCGGACACCACAGCACGCAUCUAGGUGCGGACUAGAUUCGUCGCGUAAAAAUGCAAAUGUUGCUGCUGCAUUAAAAUAACGUAAACGUAUUCCUUGUUCGUUUAUUGUAGUACGUACGUAAUAAGCAGAUCUCACAAAGUUAGCCCAUGAACAAUCAGAUCCUUCCUGCUGAAGUCUGUGAAAGCUGAAUUAGCACCACUAAUUCGAUGUAUUAGCAUAAGAACAAAUGACUCGCGUCUACCGAUUUAUCUCGCGUAAAAUUCGCACAGGGGUUUGAGCGUGAGAUGUAUAUGAACCCUUCAUGUCGCGUCGCCGAAUUCAGGAUAGCCCGUCGGGGUGAUUAGAGAUUUAAGCGGCGAGUGGCGCGGAUCGAGAGAACAAAACCACUCGCUUUCUGUCAAUAGCACUGAUGCCGAGGAACAACCUCGCAGGCGAUGUGGCAAAACACGCCUCGGGUUAAGACUACGCGGUGUGAAAUGUUUAAGGCAAAUAGAGACCUGCGAUGAACACACAACGCUUUAUCGAACAAGAGAUGUCCACGUCUGAUUUUUCCCGCGAUACGUGUUGACGGAGAGUGUCAUCUGUUAUACCAAUAUUUCACGGAGUGCAACUAUGCGUUUUGUUAGGACGGACCUAUAAAUGUUUCUUGUGUACGGUGUAUAUACUGAAGUACAUAUUUUUCCCAUGGGGAUGUGGUUUCUUGUAAUUACGGUUACAUUUCUGAAUUAAUUGUUUCCCUGCUAUAUUUUUCAAUAUUUUACAUCUGUAGGUUAUUUCAACACGAUCACGUAAAAACGACGGUGUUUAAUAAUUCAUGAGCUGUAACUAUGCAACGUUUUGCAGACUAAAGCUGUAGCGCGGCUGCUUUUCCAAUGCUUUGUCAAACGUUCUAGCGUUAUGGCUGUUUUAAUAUUGCAAAGCGGUUAUUCAAGCGAGCCUUCGCUGCUUUUUCUAGUAGUGAUAGUUGUUGCGAAAUGGCUGCCGGAUGCUGGCGUUUGCAAAUCGUUUGAGGCUCUUAUUUUUGCAUCACGUCGAGAGCUGCAGAAAUGUACGACAGACCUCUAGUGACAGCAGAGAAGUAGAGCUCUGAACACAUAAUAGCUGCGUGUAUUUAAUCCACUUGUGCCGCUCGCCGUGUCUGCACUGUGUAUAUUCAUAUGUAAAGUCCUCUGUUCGAACGAGUGGGAGGACGAGCUACUGAGACAAUAAAGGCUCGCGCUUACAAUGAAGCGGAUGUAUGUUUAGUAAUUGCCAACCAUAAAUGAGGACAAUGAACAAAAAGCCGUUAUGGUUCGAAUUAGGUAUCCUAUCGUAUAAACCGCCACUGGAGAUUUAAUAUCUCCCAGAUCAAAAAGUGUUAUAUUGUACUUCUCUGAACGUUAUUGUUAAGUUGUUAAAUUCGCCUGCAAUAAUUCAGUUAUUGUGUGAUGUGUCAGCGACAACAUUUCAUGAACUUUCCACUCAUUUAAAGCAACCGGGCAACCCAUAUGCCUAUAGUAACGUGGCACCGUAUGAGUCAGCUUCCUUCGAGGAGCAAGAUUUAAAUUUAACGGUUCAAUUUUAAGAUUGUGUGAAAUUUAGUGUCGUCAUUUCUCCGCUAGACAGCAUGAUUCCGUGCUGCCGUUUAAAGAUAUUCGUUGCUAAUCGUGCAUAUAGGAUUACCACGUCAUUAUGUAUGGUUAACGUACGAUCGUGUGAAUUCUUCGUAUCUUGGGCUGCUUAUAUAACCAAAUAUAGUUGUGAAUAGUGAUUGGUAUUAUAUCAAUCAGACGCUGAACUACUACUACUGCUCGAUCGUUAGUGCUUUGAAUUCGUUCUAUUUCUAUUAGAUACUUUAUAAUUUAUAUAUAUAUAUAUAUAUAUAUAUAUAUAUAUGGCGAUUGUCAGUAUUUUAUUUUACGAAGAUCUCGAAAUCAGCCAUGUAAAAAAGGUCGUGAGCUGCUGCUGUUGUUGGCUGGCUCGCGCUUGGACAAUCUACGUCGCAUGCAUUCUGCGAUAAUUAGCACGGAUCUUUCUAGUUUCACUUUUGUUUCUGGGAAAGAAAGACGAAUUCUCUUUUUUCCUGUUUGUAAUCUGGUUAAUGCCGAUGUAGUGUGCCCCGCUUUAGCCCUGCGCAUGCGGCUAGCAAUGUGUGAGUGGUCAGCAUGAUCUAGUCUGCCGUUAAUGUACACGUUUUUCCCAUUUUAGCAAAAUCGAGAUCAACCUUUAUGUUUUGUAUAAUCUUUGUAAAUUGUAAAUGAGUAAAUAUAUAUAUAUAAUUAUAUAUAUACAUAAAUAUAUGAAAUAAUUCGGGGUGGAUGUUAUCAAACAGGUAUCGCGUGUUCGCAUAGACCCAUGUCCGUAUUUUAUUGCCGUAACAUGUAGCGUAUGUUACUUGCUGCAAAACUAGCGUUGUCGUGUUGCAAUGACUUUCUAGACAUCUGUCACUGGAUAAGAAUGAGCACAUGUAUUCGAUCGCGAUAUGUUCGGGGUGCAUACAGGGGCGAUUGGCACUAGUGCGAACCAAUUGCACUAGUACCACACGAAUCGAUUAAUAAUGUCCUCCUGUGCCAAAUUUGCGAAUUAUUUGUCAGGUUGUUGUAAAACGGAUAAUACGCAAUCGAAUAUAGAUCACAGAACUCUCGGCUUGAGAAUUCUCGAAAAAUCCCCCUGUGUUCACCCCUAUAGCCGGUAUUAGUUUCAUCAAUAUUUCGUAUGGUGGGAAAUGGUUUUUAGUUUUCAUUCAUACGAUUUGACUCCAAGGUGCGUGCGGCAGCGGUGAUGCCUCGUUGCUAUCUUUACGUAUGUGCUUUGUAGCAUGCAUUUGUUCUGUUGUGGGUAUAAAAAACAUAUAUUAUGAC